AAGCCCAUCGCUUUUGAUGGUAAGGCUGCAGAGGUUUCAGAACAACUUGGGAGGCAAAAAUGUUUAAUACAUUUAAAAUAAAAUUCAGCCAAAUGUUGCCAACUCCAUCAGUGGACAAAGUGUCGAAAGACCGAACUCCUCCAAGCUCACCAGCUCCACCUCAGGGACGUCCAGGUCAGACGCCUUCUGCUAUUCCGUUAAAGAAAGGAAAUAGCACAAAUGAUCCUCCCAAGCAAAAGAGAAAAGAUGCUGCACCCCCUGCACCUGAGAAGCAAGAUGCAGUGCAACCUCCAGAAGAAGAUCCUAAGCCCACUCAAGUUGAAAAAUCUCCUGAACCUACUAAUCAAACACAUCAGGAAGAGCAGCAGCCACCCAAUGGGACAGAAGAGACAAAAGUCUUGCCACCAGAAACCACCUUAGAUGCAAAUUCUCAAGCCCAGCUACAAGAAAUUAUAAAAAAAUUACGGGAAAGGACAGCUACAUAUAAAGAAAGGCUAAAAGAUCCAGUCCUCUCCUCACCUGAAGUCAGUCCAACAACUUCACCCAAAAAGGCAGCCCCGCCUCCUCCACCCCCUCCACCAAAAGAAGAAGAAAAAAAAGAUGUGAAAAAGGAAGAAGCUGCCAAACCGGAGGAGGAGCACUAUUGUGAUAUGCUAUGCUGUAAAUUCAAGAGACGACCCUUCAAAAAAUACCUGGAGAAAGCAAAACUACCAGAAACUAUGGAUCCAUUGACAGAUCGUCGCUAUAUAACAUGGUUAUUCUUCGUUACUCUUGCCUACAACUGGAACUGCUGGUUCAUCCCAAUGCGCUGCAUGUUCCCAGUUCAAACACCAAGCAACCUAAUAUACUGGAUCAUUGUGGACAUUCUCUGUGACAUUUGCUACAUCUGUGAUAUGCUGAUAUUUCAGCCCCGAUUAUACUUCAUAAAAGGUGGUGAUAUCAUAACAGACAAAGUUGAAACAAAGAAAUACUACCGAAGUUCAAUGAAAUUUCAGUUAGAUUUGUUCUCAGUAUUACCAUUUGAUCUUUUAUACAUCAUCCUUGGAUUUAGACCCGUACUUAGAGUAAACCGGAUUAUGAAGUACCUCACAUUCUUUGAAUUCAAUGACCGGAUAGAGGCUAUCAUGGAAAAAGCCUAUAUCUACAGGGUCAUUCGAACAACUGGAUAUCUACUGUUUAUCUUACAUGUUAAUGCAUGUAUAUAUUACUUGGCCUCUGACUAUGAAGGAAUCGGUAGCACUAAGUGGGUGUAUGAUGGCCAAGGAAACAUGUACCUGAGAUCUUACUAUUUUUCAGUCCGGACUUUAAUUACUAUUGGUGGACUUCCAGAACCAGUAACAAACUUUGAGAUUAUCUUUCAACUUCUGGACUAUUUCUCAGGGGUCUUUGUGUUCUCCAGUUUGAUUGGUCAGAUGCGAGAUGUCAUCGGAGCAGCAACAGCUGGGCAGAACUACUACCGUAGCUGUAUGGAUAACUCAGUUUCGUACAUGAAUGUGAAUUCAAUUCCAAGAAUGGUUCAGAAUCGUGUUAAAACUUGGUAUGACUAUACGUGGCAGUCUCAAGGAAUGCUGGAUGAAUCCGAGUUAAUGGAGAAGAUGCCUGGAAGAAUGCAGCUGGCCAUUGCAACUGAUGUAAACUUUUCCAUUGUCAAUAAAGUUGACUUGUUCAAAGGAUGUGAUAACCAAAUGAUAUGUGACAUGUUGCUGAGACUAAAAUCCAUUGUGUAUUUACCUGGUGACUAUGUCUGCAAAAAGGGAGAAAUUGGAAGAGAAAUGUACAUUAUCAAGCAAGGUGAAGUUCAAGUUCUUGGAGGUCCUGAUGGAACCAAAGUUCUGGUCACCUUGAGAGCAGGAGCUGUAUUUGGAGAAAUCAGUCUGUUGGCAGCUGGUGGGGGAAAUCGACGAACUGCAAAUGUGGUGGCCCAUGGAUUUGCCAACCUUUUCAUUCUCGACAAGAAGGAUCUCAGUGAAAUAAUGGUGCACUAUCCUGACUCUGACAAGCUCUUGAAAAAAAAAGGAAAAGCCCUCUUGAAGCAGAAGGGCAAGCCCACCGGACCACCUGAACCUACAAAAGGUUUUGCUCUGCUCGUAAAGAAGCAAGAAACACCAAAGAUGUUCAAAGCAUUGAUGGGUGGAAAAGGUGGUCUGGCUGCACUUAUCCAGCUGAAGAGAGAGCAAGAAGCUCAGGAAAAAGAAAAGGAAGAAAGGGAGCAAAAGGAAAGGGAAGAAAGGGAGCAAAAAGAAAGAGAAGAAAAAGAAAGAAAAGAGAAAGAAGAAAAAGAAAGAAAAGUGAGAGAGGAAAAAGAAAGAAAAGUGAGAGAAGAAAAAGAAAGAAAAGUGAGAGAAGAAAAAGAAAGAAGAGUGAGAGAAGAAAAAGAAAGAAAAGAGAGAGAAGAAAAAGAAAGAAAAGAGAGAGAAGAGAAAGCUGAGCUAGAAGAUGCAGCACAUGUUCCGAAGGCCGAAGAACAAGUCGAGCCAGACACAGAAGGUCAGGCCGCAUCAUCCCCAAAGCCAGCUUUGCUCAGAGGAAUCACUAAUGAGUCCCUGGUCAUUACCAUGGCUCCUUCGACCACACUUGGAGAAGGAGAGAUUCUUACUGUUGAAGUCAAAGAGAAGAAGCAAGAUUAAACAACAGAUCUUGCAAGGGAUUAUAUUCAGUGGUGUAGCCAGUGAACCACUAUUUAGCUUACUCAGAAUUUGAGUUAGGUUUUUAAAAAGCAUGCCUAGCUCAAGAGCUUCAAAAUGCAUACGUGAGUCCCAGGGAAAUCUCCAAAGCAGCACCAGGUUGGGAAACUCCUGGAGAUCUGGAGGUAGAGCCUGGGGAGGGGCUUCAGUGGGGCAGAAUGCCAUGCAAUCCCACCCUCCAAAGCUACCAUUUUUCUACAGGAGAAAUGAUCUCUGUAUUCUUGGGGUCAGUUGUAAUUCUGAGAGAUCUCCUGGUGUAAGCUGGACUUCGAUAGCCCUGCCAUAGCUAGAGAAGGUGGUAAAUAUUUUCAAGGGUGGACAUCAGAGCUUCACAUCACCCCAUAAUUAACAGAAGAAAUCAGGUAAAAAUGCAGAAUAAAUUAUACAAAUUAAGGAGCAUUCGUUUAUACUGCAGUAAUCAACUAUUUUAGCAUGGAAGUGUUAUUUGCUUUGUUUUACGAACAGAAUAUAAACAGUUCUGAUUACUAUACAGCAGGGGUCUUCAAACUAUGCCCCCCCAGAUGUUCAUGAACUACAAUUCCCAUCAGCCCUGCCACUUGGCCAUUCUGGCAGGGGCUGAUGGGAACUGUAGUCCACGAACAUUUGGAGGGCCAUAGUUUGAAGACCCCUGCUGUACAGGAUACUGAUGAAAACUGCAAGGUGGCGGCGUGGUCUACUGUGGCCUUGAUUCCAGCAGAAUCUUUGCCAAUCCUGUCCCCAACAUUUAAAUGUUGCACUUUGUAACACUUAAGUGUUUCACUUUGAGUGCAGAUUUUGUUGGGCAGGAAUCUGUUUAUUUCUGUACCACGUAUAUUGAGGGAACUGUCUUAACUAAUCAAAAAUAUUCAUGCAUUCGUUUGAGAGCUUAAGAUUACAUUGCACUUCAACCUUAAAUGCUUGCUUUAUGCCUGCAUUAACAAUUUGCUUAUUUCUUUUCUUUCAGUUCUCUGUCAUACAGAUUUUCUUCCUGGGUCUUUUUUAAAAUUGUAGUUACAUAUUUAUAUAUCCUACUUUUCUUCCCAUUGGGGACCCAAAGUAGCUUAUAUCAUUUUCCUUGCUUCCAUUUUACUCUCAUAACAAUUCUAUGAGAUAGGGUUAGGCCAUGGGCAUGUGACUGGCCCCAGGUCACCCAGAAAGUGGGACUCACACCUGAAUCUUCCAGAUCCCAGACCAAUAUUCUAAUCACCAAACCAUCCUUCCUGGUAUUGUUGAAGGCUUUCAUGGCCGGAUUCAACUGGUUCUGGUGGGUUUUCUGGGCUGUGUGGCCAUGGUCCAGACCACGGCCACACAGCCCGGGAAACCCACCAGAACCAUCUUUCCUGGAUGUUCAUGGGCCUGAUGGGGAAUUUCACUGAUUUUAUUCAUCUGAUUUUCUUCAUCUGGAGCAGCCCAAAACACCUUUUACAACACUAUUACUGGGGGGGGGGGGGGCAUCAAGAACAGCUGAGGAACAAUCUGAAGGUUUCCCAUGGGGGGGUCAGUAAAAAUCAUCACCCCCCACAAGCACAUAUGUAGCUGUAGAAAUCUAGAUUAGAUUUGAGUCAUAAAAUGUUUGUGUAAAAACAAAACCCAACUUUUAUGAUAAAAUCACAGAAGACAGAAAAGUAUAUUCUGAACUUCAUUUUUAUUUUUGGUUGAGAAUGUAAGUAAAGCCCUCCUCUGUUACACAAAAAAA